CUCUCGCUGCGCGACACCGGGAGAGCGAUGGCGGCGGCGUCGCGGCGCGGCGGGAUGGGACCGGCGGCGGAAAACGCGGGCGCCGCGGGCCGUGAUCCCCGCCGAAAGCGGGUGUGGAGACCCGCGUUGCUGCGCGGAGUCGUAGGGAGCGUCCAGGAGGGGCAAGGAUUUGCAUUUAGGAGAAAACAAAAGAUCGAAAGACAAUACAGAAAAUUCUUUAGAAAAGGAAGAAAGGUCGAUUCAAAAAAGGAUGAUCAGUUUACCGAUACUUAUCCAGAGCACUUGAAACAUCUUUACCUAGCUGAGGAAGAAAUGCUUAAGAAACGGCGCAGGAGUCCGGAUGAUGCAGUUUUAUCAGAAGAAAAGCAGCAGAAUAAUGCAACAGAUUUGGUUACAACUGAAAGGAAGUUUAAGAAGAAAACGUCCAAUCAGAAGGCAAAAGAAGAAUACGAGAAAAUUAAGGCUGAGCGUGCCAGAAAGAAAGAGGAAGCAGAAAAAAGAAAACAACAAAGAGAAGCAGCUCAACGCUUGUACAAGCAGAAGAAAAUGGAAGCUUAUAAAAUAUUGAGUAAGAAGACAAAAAGAGGGCAACCAAAUCUCAACCUGCAAAUGGAGUUGCUUCUUAAGAAAAUACAGCAAAAUACAUAAACCCCUGCAUACAUUUUAAUUACUGUGGACAUUUUAUUAAUUUUAAUAAAUGAUGUCUUUUUUUCUUCUUUA